CCAGACUGCAUCACUUCGUGUGCGUCCGCCAUAUUGCCUUCGCCUAAACGCGGAUCGUCUCGUAGCCACAACUGAAAAUUGUUGCAGUGAUGACUCAGACAGUUCAGACCAACGGGGUCCAACCCCUCAGUAAGACCUGGGAGCUGAGUCUGUAUGAGCUACAGAGAACACCACAGGCACAGGAGGCUAUAACAGAUGGACUGGAGAUAGCAGUGUCGCCAAGGUCCUUGCACAGCGAACUUAUGUGUCCCAUCUGUCUGGACAUGUUGAAGAACACAAUGACAACCAAAGAAUGUCUGCACCGCUUCUGCGCUGACUGUAUCAUCACAGCAUUGAGAUCUGGUAAUAAAGAGUGUCCUACCUGUCGUAAGAAGCUGGUGUCCAAGAGGUCGCUGCGUCCAGACCCUAAUUUUGAUGCUCUGAUUAGCAAGAUUUAUCCCAGCCGUGACGAGUAUGAAGCUCACCAGGAGAGAGUGUUGGCCCGCAUCAGCAAACACAACAACCAGCAAGCCCUGUCCCACAGCAUAGAAGAGGGGCUGAAGAUACAGGCUAUGACCAGACUGCAGCGCGGUAAGAGACACACAGUGGAGAACGGCAGCGGAGCGGAGGACAACGGAGACUCCUCCCACUGUAGCAAUGCGUCUGUCCACAGCAACCAGGAGGCAGGUCCGAGCAUUAAGCGCACCAAGACGAGCGACGACAGCGGUUUAGACAUGGACAACGCUGCUGAGAACGGGGGCGGGGACUCUGUGAUCGAUGGCGGCGCCAGCGAAAUAGAACUGGUGUUCAGGCCACAUCCCACCCUGAUGGAGAAAGACGACGGUCACAACAGUGUGGAGUUCGUCCCUCGCUACAUUAAGACGUCUGGCAACGCUACCGUGGAUCACCUGUCUAAAUACCUGGCCGUCAGACUGGCUCUGGAGGAACUGAGGAGAAACGCAGAGGCCAGUCCUGUUAAUGUGGAGGCAGCUUCAGAGAAACAGUACACCAUUUACAUACCUACUGCUGGAAACCAGUUCACUGUCCUGAACGGUUCCUUCUCCCUGGAGCUGGUCAGUGAAAAGUACUGGAAGGUCAACAAACCCAUGGAGCUCUACUUCGCUCCGACUAAAGAACACAAGUAGUCGCACACAAAAACACACACGCACACACAUACACACUCACCAGUAGGAAGUAAACACAUGGACUUGACUAAACCUGCGCACACACAAACACGAUGAGAGGAGUGUGUGUGUCUGAAGGAGGUGGACGGGUUGGUGAAACCCUCUAAAGGACUCUUGUAAAAAGAAAAAAACCUUGUUUUAUAUUCUCUGUAUCUUUGUGUCUCUUUCUAUCUUUCUCUCUGUAGAAGGUAGCAGAUCAGUACAGCAGCUAAAUCAAACAGAUAAUGGACUGCUACAGUAACAGUGGUUGUAGACUCUCUCCAACUCUGAAAUCCAGGGUCCAUUCACAGUCUCAACCAGCAAUGUCCAAGUAAAAACAUUGUAUUAUACUAUAUUUGUCUUCAGCAAAGGCCCCUGUACGCUGUGAUUUUGGUCUGUGCCAGAUCAAAGUUGGAGUUCUGGAGACCCCCUGUCUAGAAUGUAGGACCAUAUUGUCAAAAUGGGACUGCUCGGCAGAUACACUUUAAAUCCCUAUUGACAUGUACACAUACACAAACAUGGGCAUGUGCUUGUCAACUCUAUAUAAGAUAAAUCUGAUACAUAUGGAAGCAAAGAAAGGCCAUAAUUGAAAUAUUUCACUUUUAGAACCAUCGAUGUGGAUUUAUGUGGUUUGAUUCCCCUCUUUGAAAAUUCAGAUAAUUUCAAGUUUUGCAAUUUUUUUUUUUUUUUCUUGACAAAUUCAGAGUCUGGGGUUUCUAGUCUAAUCUGAAUUUGUCUUUCUUGGAUCAUACGACUGACAAAAUUAAAUUCUGAACGUUUAAGUUUAAAUUUCUCCUUGUGAAUUCCACCAAUGCAAUCCAAUCAAAUUGAUCUGACUUUAAAGACCCCCUCCAGACAUGGAUUAAGACACAUACACAAAUAGUCUGCUUGGAACAAUAAUGUGGGUUUUUUUCCUACAAAAAAAGCAUAAUUUCUGCAUUUUAAUCCUUAAACAGUAAUCUCCUCCUUCUACCUCAUUAAAACUUCCAGAAUCUCUGAAUAUGCAAAUGUUGUUCAUAAGUUUUCCUGCUGGACACAAGAUGUCUCCUCCUUCACUGUAAAGUCCAUUCUCAGUGGAUGUGCACUGGUGGCUUCAAGUUUCUACAUCACACUGUACAAGUUGCAUAAAAAUUAAAAUCAGCUUUUCAAUGAGCACAGAGAAACUUUCCACUUUCAGCAGAUGAAUGUGAAAACAUCCUUCUAGAGUCAAACUCUGCACAUCAUUCAAACAGCACACUGUAGGGACAAGAAGACACACUGAUUUCUGACUGGAGGGGACUUUACAAUCAGUUUUAAAUGUAUCUGGAAAUAACUAUUUGAAUCUGAGCAGCUUUAAUAUAUCUGUUUUUGAAUAUUUGGCACUUGAAUGUUCCGUCUGAAUUUGUGAACCCUGACAGCUGUUUGGAAUUGCACUUGAAAUGAGCUCUUUUUAAGACAAACCACAUCAAUUAUUAUAAGUAAAUCAGCACUGAUUCAAUUUUCACAAUUAGGUUUAAGUUGUUUAUGAAGUUCGAAUUACUCCUGCCCUUUCUUUGCUUCUGUAGACAUUCCUCUAAAGUGAUCUCGCAGUCAGACACAGGUAGCAACCUUUUACUUUAUCAGAGCUAUCUGGCACAGUGUGCCGUGCUGUUAUCAGUGUGUACAGGGGCCUUUGAGAAAGCACCUGUUAAACCACAUGAAUACUAGUCGGUAAGAUGUGCUUUCACACUGAAGAACCUGACCGUUUUGAUGUUUUGAGUGUUCUCUAUUUUUUUUUUACAUGUCUCUUUAGUCUUUCAAAUAAAACUAUAGAAUGGUGAAGCUUUGAA